AUGGUCAAGUUUUCACACGGUUGCUGGCAUCCGAGCCCAGACACGCUCAUCGACUGGGCGGUCGAGGUCGUCAAGGCCGAAGCCAAGGAGGACCACCUACACUUUGUUACUUGCUCCAAACCCAUCAAUCAUCGCGGUGAUACCCUAAAUAAUCCCACCUUGACUCACCAUGUCAGUUCUCCAGUUGAUGAUGUCCUCUACCUCUCGUCCACCCAUUGGAAGGGCCAGAAGAGCGUGACUGCCGCGCCUCACUUCGAGCUGUUUCCUGCCGGCCAGCCGGACCACAACAAGGCGGUCAGCACGGCCAAGACCGACAAGGAGGUCAGGUUCUCCGUCGGCGACCUCACCGCCACGGUCAACACAGCCCCCAAGAGUUUCAACCUCGACUUUGCCAGUGGCUCGCGCCAGUUGACCUCGCUCGGCUGGCGGUCCAUCGGCUAUGUCAAGCAAAACACCACAGCUCUGCACCCCAAGGCCAACUACACCAACCCGAACAAGGGCGAGCGGUGGACAACCUACCAGCUGUCCCUUGGCGUCGGUGAGAAGAUCUACGGUUUGGGUGAGCGGUUCGGCCCCUUCGUCAAGAACGGCCAGACCGUCGAUAUGUGGAACGACGACGGCGGUACCGGCUCCGAGCUGACCUACAAGAACAUCCCCUUCUUCCUCAGCUCCGCGGGCUACGGCAUCUUCAUCCCCACCUCCAGCCUCGUGUCGCUCGAGAUACAAUCCGAGAGGACCACGCGUGUAAACAUCGCCGUCCCCGGCGAAUCGCUGUCCAUCUACCUGAUCUACGGCCCGAGCCCCAAGGAGAUCAUCAGCAAGUACUCUAUCCUCACCGGCAAGCCUGCGCUUCCUCCAGCGUGGACCUUUGGUCUCUGGCUCACUACUAGCUUCACCACCCAGUAUGAUGAGGCUACUGUGAACUCAUUCCUGGACGGCAUGCAGCAGAGGGACAUCCCCGUGUCGGUAUUCCACUACGAUUGCUUCUGGAUGAAGGGCUUCCAGUGGUGCGACUUUGAAUUUGACCAGGACUUCUUCCCCGAUGCUGCCGGUCAGCUCCGGAGGUUGAAGGAGAGGGGCCAGCAUGUCUGCGUCUGGAUCAACCCAUACAUCGCCCAAGAAAGCAAGCUCUUCGACGAAGGCGCUGAGCUUGGCUACUUUGUGAAGCGAGGCGAUGGCAGUGUCUGGCAGUACGAUUUCUGGCAAGCUGGAAUGGCCUUUGUCGAUUUCACCAACCCAGACGCCUGCAAGUGGUACCAGUCUAAGCUCAAGGCCUUGGUAGAUAUGGGCGUCGACUCGUUCAAGACUGACUUCGGCGAGCGUAUUCCCACUGGUGACACUGUCUACUUUGACGGCUCAGAUCCGGCCAAGAUGCACAAUUACUACUCCUUCCUCUACAACAAGGUCACUUUUGAAGUGCUCGAGAAGUCGCUCGGCAAGAACAACGCUGCGCUCUUCGCGCGAUCCGCGACCGCGGGUUGCCAGCGAUUUCCCAUUCACUGGGGCGGCGACCCGUACUCGACCUUCCCCGCCAUGGCCGAGACCCUGCGAGGCGGCAUGUCUCUCGCCCUGAGCGGCUUCGGCUACUGGGCCCACGACAUUGGCGGCUUCGAGGGCAAUCCGGACCCUGCCCUCUUCAAGCGCUGGAUCGCCUUUGGCCUCUUCUCGUCGCAUUCGCGCUUGCACGGCUCCGGCUCCUUCCGCGUGCCAUGGCUCAUCGACCCAACCGAGGAGGCCUCGCGCGUCCUGACCCACUUCGUGUCGUGGAAGCACAGGCUGAUGCCCUACCUCUACUCCCAGUCACUGACCACGCACCGCACGGGCGUCCCGAUGCUGCGCAGCUCGCUGCUCGAGCUGCCUGAGGACCCCAUCGCCUGGAACCUCGACAUGCAGUACUUCCUUGGCGACUCGCUGUUGGUCGCGCCCGUGUUCAACGGCGAGGGCGAUGUGACGUACUAUGUGCCCAAGGGCAAGUGGUACGGCAUCCUCGACGGCAAGUGGCGCGAGGGCUCGGGGUACGUGACCGAGAAGCACGACUUCUUCGGCCUGCCCGUCCUCCUGCGGCCCGGCAAGGCCAUCGUUCUCGGCGACAAGGCGCUGUCCAAGGACAAGGUCACCUACGACUGGGCCGACAAGGUUACCAUCCUCGUCAACCCGACCGAGGAUAUGAACGAGGUGGUCGAGAUCCCCGACCAUGAAAACUUGGGCGAGAUCAAGGCUAAGCUGUCCGUCAAGAGCAGCAAGGGCUCAGUCAAGGUGGCGGUUGUGGAGGGUAAGCUUGAGUCUGACGCGGCUGUGCAGAUUGCUGGUGGCAAGACUACUGACCUCAAAGUCUCUGCCGGCGAGGCUAUGGUUGCUUUGUAG